UCACCAUAAAUACAUAACGACAUAGUAGCUGAAGCUGAAAAGAAACAUCCAAUUCAACCUUUGGAUUCAGGGAAUGUCAUUGGUGCAUGCUCUCGCAGCUGUAGUGGGGGAACCAAAGAACUUGCAAUCUGUUAAGUACACUUGUACUCCGCCUACUAAGUGAAAUGACUGGUGCAGAUGUUGCUCCUAUCACCAGACCCCAAGUAUUUAUACAACAAAGCCACUCCAUGGACCUUUACCCCUUGCAUUGCGGGCGGAGAAGACCUCUGGUUUAUUAGGGUCCUGCAGUGGGGAAGGUCACUUCAUACAGAAGAGGAAUUUUGUGACUCUGCAUGAGGGAUCCCAAAGUAGCCCCCCAUCUGUUCCCAGGAGCACCUCCUCCUCCUCCUUCCCAACUUGUUGAUAGAAAGCACUUAACCUCCCGAUUUCAGUCACCGGGACCCAUCUAGAGGGGCUGCAAGGAAAACAGAGCCUGCUAGGGCCAUCUUAUUUUUUUAUUCCUUCCCCUCUCCCAAAAAAAAGAAGAAGGGAAGGGAGGUCAGGGGUCAGCACCAAGGAGGGGGCGUGUGGAAAGAUUUAUCCAAGAACUAGAGAGAGAAAAGAAAAGGGGGGCGAGUAAAAAGUUUGUUUUCUUCUAGACGUCAGCGAAAAGACUUUUUUUUUUUUUUUUUGGUUACUUGGCUGAGAGUGCAUGUGAGAGUGAGCUGGUCCCUGCCCUACAGGGGGAGAGGGAGAAGGAUUUAGGCACAGGCAAGAGGCACGGGGAGCACAGCUUUUGGGGAAGGGAGAGCAAGGAGCUGCAACAAGUUUAGGGAGAAGGAAACGUGACUGUUGGGGAGAAGAGAGACAGACCGGGAGGAGGAUCAAAGUCCCGGGCUGGGGGUAUGGACAGAGAUUUUGGUCUGGACAAGUCCAUAGCCCUCAAUGAAAUGCGGAUCCUGGAACCCGCUGAGCUCCCCCACGGAAGGAAGAACUUCAGCGUCAGUCACCUCUUGGACCUGGAAGAGGCAGUGGUAGCAGGGAUGCAAGAGACCGCAGAUACGGCAGCGACAACAGAGGACGAGGACAAGGAACCGGCGUCUGGGGGAAGCAGUGACAGCGAAGUGACAAUCCAAGAAGGUGGAAGUCCAAAUCCCGGCAGCAGGAGCAGCAAAUCCUCAGGGAAGAAGAAGCAGAGGAGGAACCGGACGACAUUUAACAGCAGCCAGCUGCAAGCUCUGGAGAGGGUCUUUGAGAGAACUCACUACCCGGACGCCUUUGUACGGGAAGAUCUGGCGCGCAGGGUUAGUCUGAGUGAGGCCAGAGUACAGGUCUGGUUCCAGAACAGACGAGCCAAGUUCCGGAGGAAUGAGAGAGCCAUGCUUGCCAGCCGCUCCUCCACCCACCUAAAAUCAUUCAGCCAGGAGGCAGGCGUGGAGCAGCAGGUAUCGCCCCGAGCAAGCGCCCUGACCCCGGAAUAUAUGCCCUGGAACUCAAACAGCAACUACAGCAAUGCCAGCUUGCCGGCCUACAGCCCAACUACAACUGCCACCAGCACGGCGCCUACCCAAGGGGUCAAUAUGGCCGACAGCAUUGCCAGCCUGAGACUGAAAGCCAAGGAGUUCAGCUUGCACCAGAGCCAAGUGCCCUCUGUAAACUAAGUCACCAUUGGAGCAACAGACUAUUCCCAGGCUGGAGUGAGCGGACACACCACCCACGUCUCUGGGCAACAGAGGGUCAGAGAUCCCCCCAGUGGGGGCAGAAGAACUCAGCAAGAAGUAUUCACAGUGCACAACAGUAAUCUGACAUUCGGGUUGUGACUACGCAGCCUUGGGGGGAUGAUUCCAGAGGUGGUACAGUCCUUGUUCUGGAUUUGUGUAUAACCCAUUAUUUACUCACAUGUUCCUGGCCCCUUCCCAACAGAUGCCCAGGUACUGUCUGUAUAUAUGUACAAAGCCUCCAUCCCUUGUAAAUACAGGCCCUUUAUAUGGUUAUUGCAAGUCUUUACCUGACCCCUUCCAACUUUGGUAGGACUGCAACUCCCAGCAUGCCCUAUGAAGAGAAGCUGGGGGCAGAGUUUGUCUAACCUUGAUAUAAUGGUUUCUAUGAAUAAAACCACUGACAACGUGAGGCUGAAGGGCAUUUUAUAGAUGUUACUGGGCAAUGUUACCUUAUUAGUUCAGGCUACUUUGUGCAUAGGGCUCCGGUACUGGCUUUAUAGUAAGCAGCCAAGUCUCCAGCGCAUUGAGGUGACCAGGCAACUAGUGAGAAUCCUCAGCUAUGGAGCAGUGCCAGGAAAACCAGCAAAAGAUCGGAGACACAUGCUAAGCCCUGUGCAUCGGUUGUCAGGCUUUAGUUGUCCUUUAAAAGACUACUGCAUUGGCAGACGCUAGCUUCUGAGCCUGCCAGGGACUAUACCGAGCAACCCCUUUCACUCAAUAACCUUUCCAUGUGCUUAGGCUCAUGAAUUCCUCAUUAUCAUUAUUGUAUCAGUCUUUACUAUGACAGAGUACAGGGAUCAUGGUAUAGGCUAAAGCUCCUGCACUCGGCAGCACAACAAUGGAAUAUGUAUGUCAUGUUAUUGUGCAACUGAGCCCUGUUUUAGUGCCUUAUACUCAAUACUUUGGUAAU